AAACUCACCAACAUGGGACGUCGCGACAUCGAAGAGAAUGGACGUCGCAAAGGCGGGCUUGUACGUGCCGGCAUCAGAAGCGUUUCCGGGGCCGUAGGCCUAGCUUCUGAAGGUAUCAAGGCGCGAAAAACAGAGCGUCACAACCCAGAGACAAGUGCAUCCUCGACUUCACGCUCAGAUAGCGUUCACCCAGUCGAAGAUAUGUCAACGACUCAACAAGGAGACGAAGCCAGAGAUGACCUCGAAAAUGAAUGGAAUCUGGACGACGCACAGGAUGAGAUUGCCGGUGAAUACAGUCAAGCUCCUGUCGACAUGAACCCCGAGCGUACUUUUAUGGAGAAGCACAAUCAAAGACCCAGCUUCAGAUUCUCCGGUCAACUUGCGCUGCCAGUUGUCAUCCCCCAACGUCGGCCAAAAGACCGUUCGCGAGGUUUUAUUCGAGCCUACGCGCCAGUCUUACAAGAUGUGGGUAUCGACCAGCCUACUUGGCUCGAUUUCCUCGAUACGCUUCAAAAGUCGAGCGCUGCAGACCCCUGGCUUAAUGCGAUCAACUUCGCUUCCAUUGGCACCAUGUUCAUGCCACACGUUAUUGGCUUCGCAGUUUCGUACGCUAUUCAGCAAGCCACCAACAUUGCCAUUGAGAUGCAAGCUCGGUUCAGGUAUAUUGACACGUUACGCAAACUCAACGAGGAGUUCUUCCAGCCGCGAGGACUUUAUUGUUUGGUCAUGACAUGGAACCCAGACUCCAAUAAACAAGUGGAGCAAGUCAACAUCAAUGAAACUGUCGCAUCCCUCAACAAGGGGUCCAAAGGUGUUUCUGGUGUCCAGGAUAAGUUCAGAUCAUCUGAUGGAACUACAUAUGGAGAGUUAGCGUUCCCUGAAGUGGCACCUCUCGUCUUCCCCACCUUGGACGAGUUGGCCGCGCAGACUGGUCCCGAUGCCGCGAAGAAGAAGAGUAACGUGGCGAAGGGCAUGACCUUUGUCGCAAAUUACUGGGACAAGAGAGCCACGGCAGAAUAUUCGAUGCAAAACCCCGACAGCGUACUGGCACAGGUUCCCCAGGGCGAGUUCAAUUCCCGAUAUGCAGACCCCAACCAUGCGGCAGCCAGUGGGUCGUUAAUAUCUUUCGUCUCUGGAGGUAAACUUAUCCCUGGUCCCAAUUCGCGAGGCUUAAUCGGGGGUCUUGCGUCCGUCAUUGGUCAGGCUGCACGUGGAGAGAAGCAAGGCUCAGAGUGGGAGCGCUAUGCAGCUGAGAACGCCCAGAGACAACAGCCUCCAAGGCGUGAGAGGAAGGGAAUCAUUCCCACACCUAUUCGCACUUACAAGAAAUUGCUGGCCAAGAAUGUGUUGUAUCUCAUGGUCGUCAACAUGCCUUCAGAGGAGGAAAUGGCGGCUGCAAGAGCGGCAGUCAAGGUUUGA